AUGGCGACAACUCUGACGGGUGGAAACCCGCACAUCAUACAGCUGCCCACGACGCCGUUGAAUUCGCCCUUGGAGCCCCAGGCCAUCGCCCAGCAAUGGCUCACAGGCCUGCAAGUUCAACUCGCUCAUCCCGAAAGCAUCAAUAUUGCACCGCUCUUUCAUGAAGAGUCCUGGUGGCGCGAUAUGCUCGCCCUUGAUUGGGACAUGCGAACCGUCCACACGGCUACCGAGAUCGAAGCCUUCCUCCGCAAGCGCCAGGGUCCCUCCGUGCUGUCCAAUUUCCGACUGCAGAAUAAAGGUCAAUUCAAGCCGGCCUGGAAUAAAGUUGUUGAUGGUUUGAGUUGGGUGUCAAGCAUGUUCUUCUUCGAGACAGCAGUUGGCUCUGGUUCGGGAAUGCUUCGUCUGACGCAGUCGACCGAGGGGCGUUGGAAGGCAAACGUCGACCGGAAGGAACUACAGAGUCUAUGCCUGGGGGGGCUGGAGGGUGGAACUUGGAUUGAGAGAAGGCAGAGACAACAGGAGUUCCUGGAUGAGGAUCCGACUGUUUUAGUGAUCGGAGCUGGCCAAGCUGGUCUGAACAUGGGAGCACGUUUGCAAAACCUCGGUCUUUCCUGUCUACUUGUCGAUAAACAUGAGCGUAUUGGCGAUAAUUGGCGCAAGCGUUAUCGUACUUUGGUCACACACGACCCUGCAGAAUUCACCCACAUGGCCUACCUUCCCUUCCCUCAAAAUUGGCCCCAGUUCACCCCGAAAGAUAAAUUGGGCGAUUGGUUCGAAGCCUACGCGAAAAUCAUGGAAUUGAACGUUUGGACGCAAACCUCCGUCGCCUCUGCUGAGUACAACGACUCGAAAGGCGAUUGGAACGUCACCGUGACUCGCGGUGAUGGAUCUCAGCGUGUCUUACACCCUCGUCAUGUCGUCUGGUGUACUGGACAUUCAGGGGAACCCCGUGUCCCCAAAUUCCCUGGCCAAGACAGCUUCCAGGGUACCGUAUAUCAUGGCAGCCAACACCGCGAUGCAGCUGAGUUGAAUGUCCGCGGGAAGAAGGUGGUGGUCGUGGGAACUGGUAAUAGCGGUCAUGACAUAGCCCAGAACUACCACGAAAAUGGUGCAGACGUGACCAUGUUGCAGCGCAGUGGUACAUAUGUCAUUACUGCCGAGAAGGGUGUUUUUAUGAUGCAUGAGGGAUUGCAUGAAGAUGCCCCCCCAACUGAGCAAUGUGACAUUGUCUCUGAGAGUCUCCCAUUCCCAGUUCAGUUUGCUUUGAGCGUUCAUGGGACAAAGCGCUUUGCAGAAGCCGAGAAGGAUACUCUAGAUGGACUACGCCGUGCGGGCUUCCAACUGGACUUCGGCCCCGAUGGAGCUGGUAUUGCACGUGCUUACUAUACCGCUGGUGGUGGCUACUAUAUAGAUGUGGGAUGCAGCCAGCUGAUCAGCGACGGUAAGAUCAAGGUGAAGCAUAGCCCGCGUGGUAUCGAUGGAUUCGGCGCCCAUGAGCUGAAACUCGCUGAUGGGAGUGCACUCCCCACCGACGUUGUUGUAUUGGCCACCGGCUACGAUAAUAUGAGAACCACUGUGCGGAAGGUCCUAGGCGACAAGGUUGCAGAUCGUUGCUCUGACGUGUGGGACUUGGACGGGGAAGGAGAACUUCGUGCGAUGUGGCGUCCAAGUGGUCAUCCUGGCUUCUGGUAUUUCGGAGGAAAUCUAGCUCUUUGCCGGAUCUAUUCCAAAUUCCUGGCCCUUCAGAUUAAGGCAGUUGAGACUGGCCUCUCAAAUGGCACUCGACACGAGGAGAGAGCGAGCAAAAUCUAA